AUGGUAAAAACUACUAAAAAGAAAUCAGUUUCUGGACAAUUGACUCUUAGCUGUAGAACCCCAUUAUUGGAUGUCAAAAACAGACAUGCCAAGAGAGAAAUUGGAUCCUUGAAGAAACACACCAGCGAGCAACUUGCUGCUUUGAAUUUGCAGACACCAGAAACUCCUUGCAGACAACACAAAAUAAAUUCUAGAAGGUCCUGUUUUCCAGCCUUUGAGCUGCAACGAAAUGUUGAUGGUAUCCCGCAAGAUAAAAUAGUUGAUACAGUCCUCCCAGAAAUGAUCCAAGAAGAGUCUGACAUUCCUUCCACAUGUGACUUGUCCUCCAAAGCUGAUGAAGUUUUGAGGAUGCUUGAUAUAGAAUCACAGCACUCACAAGAAGUGAGCAGAGCACACUCUGAGAUUUGUAUUCAAACACAGAGGAUUAUAAAUACCAGUUUUUACAGCUUAGAAGAGUUGGAUGUUGGACAGGAAGUUUGCAUCCCUCACCAGGAUGCAAGUGGAUCUUCUUCUAUCAUCGUUGAAGCAGGACACAAUUCUACUAGCUGUCAAAAUGCUGGUGAUUCAGUGUGUCAAAAUACUGGUGAUUCAGUAUGUCAGACUUCCAGGCUUGAAGAAAGUAAUAUUAGUGAUGCUGUUUUACCCAAUGAACUGGAACUAAACCCAGGCUGGAUUAAUGACUCCAUGGCAGCAAUAAUAAAGUCAGGUCCAGAGGAUUCAGUGACUAAUUUCACAGAGGAGGAACUACAGCUUUUCCAAGAGUCCAGUCAGGCAUGUGGGGACUUAAGCCAUGACCACUGUUACAACAUGGCUGCAAGUGUUACACCAGUAAAACAAGACACCUGUACUCAUGAAGAUACAGCACACAGAAAUUUUAUAGAAUGCAACAUUCAAAAUUCUACCCCAAUUGUUCAUUCAGAACAUCCAGUGUUCUUCAAUCAGUCUUCAAACUCUGAUUCUGUAUCUGAAAAGGUGCUGGACCUUUCUAAUGUGUUAUUUGAAAAUAAUGUUGAUGAUGCCAGUUUGUUUGAAAUUGUUGGUGGGGAUCCUUUGUCUGGUGGCUGUUUUGAGGGGUUGACAGUCUCAACUAUCAACAGGAUGUUAGAUUUAGAUGUUUCACUUGGAAAUUUAAAUCUCUCACCUGCAUUGAAUCUUGACAGUUCCCUCGACAUAGAAAAUUUGCAGCCAGUUAGUGUUGAGAGCUCGGCUACAGAGCAUUCACAGCCAAUGUAUGUUAUAAAUUCCUUGGACACAGAACAGGUUGACACAGUUAAUAUUAGCAGUUCACAAUAUUUGCAGCCAAUUUGUGUAGACUUUUCACAAGUCACAGAACUUUCACAGCAAAUUAUUGAUGAUUUCCUGGACACAGAUCAUCUGCAGCUCGUUAAUGUUGACUGUUCCUUAAAUACAGAACAAUCCCAGACAAGUAUUGUUGUCACUGCUGUGCCUUCAGAAAUGUGUAUUGGUGAAGAGUCAUUGUUGACAGCACUGUCACAACCACGUACUGUGGAUGUUUCAACUCUGGCAGCUUUUCCCUGUCCCAGUGUUGAUAAAUCCAUGGAAACUGACACUGCUGAAGGUUUGAACAAAUCUGUCAUGACAAACCAAGCUGAAGCCUUGAACAAAUCUGUCAUGACUAACCAAGCUGAAGCUUUGAACAAAUCUGUCAUGACUGACCAUCAAUCCACCACCACCAUUUCUACAAACACCUCAAUCCUUGCCGAGCAAGUUGUGUCCGUAGACUCUCACCAGAAUGUUGUAGACACCUCUGUCUUGACAGAUCCACCUCAAGGCAUUGAUGUCUCACUACUCACUGAUAAUAUUUUCACCCUAGACCACAGUACAAUGGCUUUUCCUGAUUUAAUGAAUAAACAAACUAUGACAGAUAAAAAAUUGCUGGUGGAUGCUGAAUCUUCAAUGACCCCUUUAAAAAUUAGCAAACAGGGUCGCAAAUUUACGGCAGAAGAAGUUAGACGACAACACCCUCGAACUGUAGCCAACCUUUUAGACACCACUCUAGCAUCCAACCAGAGGCUGGAGAAGGAGGUUCUGACCAUUACCAAAGAUAGAGAUCACCUGAGAUGUGUUUUGAAGGAGACAAAAGCAAAGUUAGCCACAGCUGAGAAGCACCUGGAAACUGAAAAACAAGGGCAGGAGAAGCACAUCACCAUGCUGGAGGAGUUACAUGAAGAAGCCACACUUGGGCUGCAGGCGUGUCUUGAGGAAAAACAAACUAAGAUCUACAGUUUAGAGCAGGAGCUGCUUGUGGUUACAGACAGGUGUCAACUUGCGGAGACCAGCUUGAGUGAAAUACAGGCCGAUUUUAAAAAGAAAAGUGAUGAGUUUGAUACUCGCCUUAAAGAAGCUGAACAUAACUAUAGAGAAGAACUUGCAAAACUUCAAGCCCAACUUGAGAGAAACAGUUACAAACGGCAGUUUGAAAAUUCACUGCAGCUUAUCCAAGAACUACAAUCUGAGAAAGAAGAAUUCUUUUCUCUUAUGGGUGAUAUUGAGGGAGCUGCAGAAUUACAGUUUAAAUUGAAAGAUUCACUCGUCCAGUUAAUAUCUAAAGUUACCUGUUACUUCAAGGAUCAGUCACAGGCCCACAAACAAGCUAAAUCUGAGCUAGAAAACCUUCAGAAAAUUUACUCUGCUACUCAAGUUGAACUGUCCACUGUCCAGACGGAGAACAAGGAGCUGCAGGCAGAUAUUCAAAACAUGAGUGACAUUUUACAGAGGAGCAACACUUGCUUGGUUGAGAUGGAAGAAAUGUACAAAAAAGUGGAUCAAGAAUUACACGACUCACUGGUAGAAGUCAUCAGGUUAAAAGAAGAAGUUACCUCCUCAUCUCAAAUGAUAGAGGAUUUAACAAAAGCUAAAGAGAUGCUGACCCAGGAGUUAGCUGAACAGCAAGACUCUGAGACAUUAGUGUGUCAAGCUCUUCAGAAAUCAGAGGAGCAAAUAGUUGUCUUGGAGGAACAGUUAAAAGCACAACAGCAAUUAUUAGAUACAGAAAGACAAGAGCAUACUAAAAAACAAGCAGAAUUUGAGGAUAAAAAGUCUAAACUGGAGUUGUAUAUAGAAGAACUGCUUCAUACCUUGGAUAGGUGGGAAGCAGAUAGAGAUCAGAGUGAACAACAGAUGUACGAAUGCCAGGAGCAGAUGGUCAAAGAUAAGCUCCAGAUAGAUCAGAUGACCAAAGAGCUUGAGGCCCUUCGCAACAUUAAAGCAACAACACAGGCUGAGAGAAAUGAAAUCCAUGAGCUGAAGAAUGCCAACCAGUUUCUGGAAGCAGAGAAACAACUGUGUAUGGAGGCAAUAUCAGAGUACCGCACCAAGCUGGAAGGAGAAAUGGAACUCAGUGCUAGCAAUCAGCGACUGGUUGAAGCCCUCAAGUCCAACAAUGCUGAAUUACAAGAGGCUUAUGAUCAGCUUAUGUCUGAGGCCCAGAUGCUAGAUGAAAACCUGUCAUUGAAAAGCAUGGAUAUAGACGCAAGUUGUACAGCUUUAGAUGUUCUGGAAGACAGGAUGGAGAAUGUCCUUACCACCUUACAAAAUAAACUUACUCCGGUGGACCACAGAUUGUCGAAGACAUGCAAAUCCCCAUCAGCUACACCCAACAAAAACACCUCCAUGUACAGUGAAGGAUGUUCAUUUGUUACCCAAGUUCUCAAUAGAACCAACAGCCUUAUCUACUCAACCACUAAAUCCCAGCUGUGUGACACUGAUGACAUUUCAAAUGGAAGCAGAUCUGAGCGCAAGAGAAAUCCUGACAGGUUUAGGCAGUGCAACGUGGAGUUUGGUGCCACUGACGCCUGUCACGGAGCCGCUGCUGCUGCCAUGCUGUCACCACAAAACCAAACUAGACAUUCAAAGACUGGACAACAUGAAUCCAGCAACAGAGCCCCCAGCAGCACUUUAGAUAUGUCAGGACUAGAAUUCUCAAAGUCAUCUAACAACUCAUUAACAGUGCAGAAGUCUAAAGUCUCUAGAGCACUGGACCUGAGUGGUUCAUCUCCAGGUUUUGCCAAAAUCCGCAGUAUCCCCUCCACUAUUGAUAGAACUCUGGAGAACUUAAACAAGUCUAAAACCUGCAGUAAAUCUGGAAAUAUUUCACAAUCUUUUGUGUUGCAAGAAACCACACAACACACAGAAGACACCUUGUUGGUCAAGGUCAAAUCAAUUGACAGGCUGUUUAAUGAUAUCUUGAAGACCGCAAACCUGGCAGACAAAGCAUCUGAAUUGACUAUCCGAGAUCUUAAAGAAGACAUGGAAAUCUUAUCUGGAAAGCUGAAGUAUCAAAGUCAUCAAAGAUCAAAGCUGGAGUUGGAGCUGAGCAAGAAAAUGGAGUUGUUAACCUCAGCCAACAGUAAAGUUGAGGAGCUAUCUUCUAGAGUCAAUUCCAUGACUCAGACCCUCCUUAAUUUUCAAGACCAAAGCUUUGAAAUUUCUAGACUUGAGGAUGAGAAAGAGGACUUAGCUCUGCAAGUUCGUGGCUUGAAAGGGGAAGUAAGUAUCUUGAAUGAACAACUUGAUGAAUGCAUGAAGACAAAUACGGGUACAAAACUGGAUAGCUCUUCUGUACAUGAAAUUAUAUCACUGAAGAAAAAGAUCAAUGAUCUGAUGCUGAAAUUGUACAAUGAGAGAGACAAACAUAAAGAACUAGGAGAAAAAUCUAUGAAAAGGAUGAAAAUUUUACAAAGCAACUGUGACAAAGCUGACGCAGAAGUGCAGAGACUUGAUGACAUCAUUGAGAAAAUAAGACAGAUGUGCAUUGACACCCAGUGCCAGUCUACUCACCCAGAGGUUUUGAGGAUAGUGCGUUUUAUAGAUGGACAUGAUGAAACUGUGUUUAAAAGAACCAAAGUGCCUUGCUCAUAGUGACAGUUUUCAUGUUUGUGGCAAUCAGUAAUAUCUGUACAUGUUUCAUAUAUAUUUAUUAUACUGUAUUUUAUCUGUUUCAAGACUUUAUUGAAUGUUUUAAUGCUAUUGAAUGUGAAUGCAUAUUUGUUUCCCCAAGUAAUGAAAUGAAUAUAAAUUCAACAAUACUUUGUAUAUUUUAAUCUAAAUAAUUGGAAAUAAACAUUUUAUUGCA